CACAUUUCAACUGUGACAACGACCACAACAAGUCAAUUGUGUCGAAAAGAAAACAAAAUCUCAACCAAAAAAGUUUCAAUUUAUUUUUCUAUUGUGCAAAAGUAAUCAAAACGAGCAGUGAAAUAAAAAUGAGUUUAACCGCAUACAACUUUCAAUUUUACUCUUACAAUAUGGCAACACAUAGAUGUGAAGGCAAUGAUAGUGGCAUGGAUGUCGAUGACAUUGACAUGUCAAUACCGCCACCAAAACCACCAAGAGCGUUCGCUGUACAAAAUAGUACCACUAGUACUCCUCAAUUCUCAUGGAUGACUUCAACGCCAAAAAGUGCUGUUAACGAAAAUCAAAUAAUGGCAACGCCAACAGCUGUAAACUACCUGGCUGUUCCCAAUGAAACCCCCAAAUCCAUUUAUCCCGGUGGUCUGUUGAAGGGAGCACAGCAAGCAGAUGCCAAAUCAGCUGAACUGCAAUUACGACCAAAAUUACAUGCCACUCAAAAGAGAUGGUCGCAUGAAUUAAGAGAAAAAGCAUUGGAAAUGUCAAAGCGUUCAUCAGCAAGUUCCGAUGAGGAAAAUCCACAAACCGCCAAUCAUUUGCCAAUGGAUGAUGUCGACAAUAAAAAAGCACUGCAAUUAAAACCUCAACAUCAUGCCGGACGUAAAAGUUGGUCAAGCGAAAUAAGAGAGAAGGCUUUACAAAUGUCAAAACGUAAUUCAGGCUCUUUGGAAACAUCACCAGAGCCAGCCGCAGCUGAAAAAGCAAUGCAAUAUUUUGGUUUUAAUACACCCGCUAGCAAAGUAAACCAGCAAAAUUCUUUCAUUUGCCAAACUCCCUCAAAUGUGCAGAUGCAAAAACCUCUCAUCAAUGCGGCAGCUUAUGAAAAAAUUAACAUGACUGCGAGUGUUACCAGUAACCCAGCAAACAGUACAUUUGAUGCUUACUUUAAAAAUCCCCAAGAAAUGAACACAACAUUUGAUGCUGACUCCAUGUGUGAACAAGAAGAUCCCAAUCGGUCGGUUAAGGAUCGUAUUUGUUUCUUCAACAAACUUACUUCGCCUCGCUCCAACUCAUUUAUAGAUCUUUUAAAAAAUACCAAACCAAUUAAUGUAGCUACUAUACAACAUAGCAGUAGUGCCCAAAAUACACCCUUACCCACUCCUCUAAAACCCAAAAGAUGGUCAGCACAAUUAGAAAUGAAUUUACAGCAUGAAGAUUAUACACCCAGCAUACAGUUUUCACAAGCAGCACCUGCCAUCAUUUAUACAACAACAUCAUCCAACUCAUCACUGGCCUCUUCAUCUUCAUCAUCAUCUUCAACAUCUAGCACUGUACAAUAUUCAUCCAAUACUACACAGCGUAAAAGUACUUUGCGCCGCAGAACAUCGGUAGAUAAAACAAGACGACCCACUUUGCGCCAAAACUCAAAUGCUGGUUCCAAUGGCACAAAACCACAAAUGCACACAGUUAUGGAAGAUUUAAGCUUGGUAAUGCCCGUUAAAUUACGUGUAGCCGAAUAUGAACGUCGCAUUAAAAUGGAGUGUUAGGUUAUUAGAGGAAACCACAAGAAAGAUAUGACCAUCAUGGUCAUACCUUUUGCUUUAACAGGUUAAAAGGGAGUAGUUCUUAUUUUCUUUUAUUUAGUUCUUAAGUAUAAUUUAAGCUUUGUUUUUCCAUUUACCUUAAAGGUUCUUUUGUAUUUUUUCCUCUAUUUUACAUUGUAUUGUAGUUGUUGUAAACAAAUGUAAGAUAAGUUUUAAAUUACAGACUAUAAGAAUAUUAUUAUAUUUUUGUAUUUAUUAUAGAACUUAGUUCUUUAAAUAUAAACUAAAGUU